AUGCCGCGCCCCACCUCCCUCCCCACGCUGCGCCCCAUUUUCCUCCCCGCGCCGCCCCACCUCCCUCCCCACCUUCUCCGGAGCGGAGCACCCCCACCCAACCCAUCUUCUCCGGCUGCGCCGCCCACCACUACCUCCGGCCGCGUCCCACGGGCACCACCAUCUACGCCGGCCGCCACCCUCCUCUUUCUCCCACACCAUCCAGCGGGCAUGGCGGGAUCCGACCGCCCUCGGCCCCCGGCGCGGCCUCAGCCACCGGAUCCGGCCGCCGUCGGCCCCUCAGCGCGGAAUCCCCCCCGCUCGCGCAGCUCAUCGCCGAAUCCGGCGAGAUCCACGCAGGUGCCCCUGUCCCGCGCCGCCGAGGCCCGGGUCGUCCUCCCCCUCUCCGGCAGGGAGGCUCCGUCGAGCAACUCCCCCGCUUGCCACCGGGAUGAGGUCGGUCAGGAGGCAUGCGCUAACGCCCCCUGCUGCCCGCGGCGGAUCCGACGAGCCAACCCACCUCCUCAUCUCCCUCGCGGCAGAUCCGACGAGCUCUAUCACCACGCGCCGGUGGGCGGACCCUCCUCCCUCCUCCACAACCGGCGUCGUGCACAGGCGGCGGCGCCACCGUUUCUCCCAGCCAUCCUCCCCCCCCAGCCACGUCUGGAUGGAUAUGGUCCGCCCGCCGCCAGAUUUGGCCACGCCUUCGACCACGGCGACAUGAUGGGGUGCAGGAUCCAGGGAGGUUUCGGGCGUCAAGAAGCCGUCGACCUCGCCGAAAAUUGCCCUUCCCUCCUCCCGGCCAAUCUCCUCCACCGGAUGCCUCGCACGCUGCUACGCCAGGCGCCGGAUCCCUCGACCAUUGAUGCACCAGGGAUGAGCUCGGCACGUGGUUCGUUUGCGAGAUACCAUGAAGAAAGUGGUAGAGUGCGGUUUGAUGCAGCGUUGCAUUUUUUUUCUGUUUCCCUGAUCAUACGGUUUGGACAGCGAGCCUCCCUCCGUGCAGUCCGCUGGCACGUCCAUGCAGUACAGCGCGUGUGUGUAUGCAGCACACGGCGCGUGGGUUGCCGGUGGCUGUUGUGAAGUUGAUUGUUUUUCCAUUUUCAGAAAAAUUGCAUGACGCUAUCUGGUCGUUAAUUUUAUACUUAGUCAUGCAGUGCACUCAUAAAAAGUGGUGCAGUACUCGCAAAAUCGUUGUUAGUUUUAUAAUGCAGUGCACUAGGAAAAAGUGGUGCAGUACUCGUCAAA